UUCAAUUCAAUCUAAUAUUUGAUAUUAUUUGAGAGAAAAAUAUUUUUCCGAAAAACAUGCUUUUAAAAUUACGGAGUGAAUACUUCCGGUUUUGAUAAAAAUAGUAAAAUGGUACUUUUCGUAGUGUUUAGACGAAAUACAGAAUCAUUUGAUAUUUGAUUUGAUUUUUACUAAUCAAAAAUAGUAGAUCUAUAGAACAACAAGAAAACGUAUAUAUCACAAAAUUAUCAAUUACGCAUGCGCACAGUCGUUGUUUCCUGUGUUAGUUUAGAAACAAUUUACAACUUAUUUCCUUGUAUUUCGCUGAAUAACACAUUAACUGCUUCAUCGAAACUGAUGACAACUAUGCAGGCUAUGGAGAGUAUGCUAGGGUCUACAGUCGUGAACAAAGAUGGCAAAUCAAUUGAUGUUAACUCGUUCAGUGGACCGGGCAAAGUUGUUGGACUUUAUUUCUCAGCCCACUGGUGCCCACCCUGUAGAGCUUUUACACCAGAAUUGGCAAAUUUUUAUACCAAAUUCAAAGCUUCGGAGAAGGGAUCUAGUCUUGAAAUAGUUUUUGUUAGCUCAGAUAAAAAUGAAGAAGAGUUUAAAGAAUAUCUGAGUGAAAUGCCUUUCCCAGCUCUCGCUUUUGAUCAACGCGAUAAGAAGGCUAACCUGUCAAAAAAGUUCAAGGUUUCUGGUAUUCCUACGCUGAUAUUCUUAGAUGCUGAUACUGGCAAAAUGAUAACUGCUGAGGGGCGCGGGAAAGUCACUGAUGAUCCAGAGGGUAAGGAAUUCCCAUGGAUACCGAAACCUUUCAACGAGGUCAUCAAAGGAAAUCUGAUCAGAAACGAUAAACAGGAGGUAGACGCAGGGGAGGCAUUAAAGGGAAAGAUUGUCGCUGUCUACUUUUCAGCACAUUGGUGUCCUCCAUGUAAGGCAUUUACACCAAACUUGGCAAAGUUCUACAACAAGAUGAAGGAACAAGGAAAACAGUUUGAGAUUAUUUUUGCUAGCUCUGACAGGUCUCAGGAAUCUUUUGAUGAAUACUUUGGCACAAUGCCCUGGUUGGCUUUACCAUGGAAUGAUCCUAGGAAGAAUCAGCUUACUCAGACCUACAGUGUUGAAGGUAUCCCAUGUCUUGUGUUUCUAAAUGAGAAUGGAGAGACGAUUACCAAAAAUGGCCGUGGAGCUGUCAUGGGGGAUAAAGAUGGGAAAGACUUCCCAUACCAUCCUAAACCACUCAAUGAGCUAACGGGAAUGUCAGCUGAUGUGUUGAAUGAGAGUGCUUGUCUCAUUAUAUUUACAGACACAGAAGACCAAAAAAAUGAAGCAGUUGCCUCCAUGCAAUCUCAGGCAGAUAUAUACCAUGCGAAAGGAGAUGACAAAGAUCUGCAUUUCUUCUAUGGUGCAGAGGAUGAAAUAUGUGACUCAGUGAAGGAGUUUGCAGGAAUCGAGGACAAAUUUCCACUCAUGGUGAUACUGGACAUUGGCACCCAAAAGAUUUAUACGCAUGAUGGAACUAUUUCUAAAGAGAAUGUAGAUGCAUUUGUGGGCAAAUGGGCUGAUAGAAGCCUUCCAUCAAAACCAUUGAGAAUGUAGUGAUAUCAGCAUAGAAUACAAUCCAAUUAGAGUCAAGGAAACACAGUCAAUUAAGGUUGCUGGAUACGCAAAUAGAUCAUGUUUUUCAUAUUUAUACAAGUGUACUCCUUAGUAAGAUCCAGUUCUACUUCACAUGUAAAUGCUUUUGACAUUGUUCAAAAGACGA